AUGGUGGUCCUUACAUAUGGUCCAACAUAUGGUCUUUCUGCAGCAGUGAUUCAUUACUGGACAGUUGAUAAUAUGAAAGAGAAUCCUCCAACUUAUUCUUUAAAGGAUGUUGCAGAUAUUGAACUUAGAGGAAUCAUAACACAGGUCAGUUGAGUGUGUAUGGGUAAAAUAAAACCAAUACUGUUGGUGAUACAAACUGUUUAUAUCUUUUAAUCGGCUGAUGUCAGAUGACUGGUCCCCAAAGACUGAAAUUAAAGGUCUUCAAGAAUAUUUAUUUGAGGCUAAUCUACCACCUCAAAUCCAAAGUGGGCAAAACCGAAUUGCUGCAGAUUCACAGGUAGAGCAUUUUGUUAUUGACAAAAGACGAUUUGAGUUGGAUGGACGCAAGAAAGGGAUGGAUGCAGUUUCUCUGGUACACUCCCUAGGACAAGAUGCACGAAUUGCAUCAAUUGUUUUCCCACGUAACCCAGAAAAGAUUAUCGACGUCAAAUCCAUGAAAGAGAUGGUGGUUGGGGACGAAGUGCCUGAGUAG